AUGGGGGAACCUAACCCUCUCCCCACCCCGGGGAGCAGCGGCCCAUCUUUGAGUCGGACUUUGCCAGGGUACUUAAACUCUGGCGAUAUAAUCGACAAGCAGACUCUGCUACUGCGAGCAAAAUCAUUGGAUGGUGAUUUCGAUGCCCGACUGACGACUAACCCGUUCACGAUUUUGAAAUCGGUACAACGUGUGUUAGGAUGCGAUCCGACGAAGGUGGUUUCGGCCACAAAAGAAGGUAGAGGGACCCGCUAUGUCUUAAGGACGACAUCGAAAAAAGCAUAUAACGCUCUGAUGAGUUUGAACGAGCUGAUCGACGGGCAAAAAGUUGAGGUGGUUUCUCACCCCACCCUCAACAUUACUCAUGGUGUCGUUUACGAUAUCGAUACCAAAGACAUGAGCAACGAAGAACUUCUUGACGAGCUGAAAGGUCAAGGAGUCGCAGCAGUGCGUAGGAUCACCAUGCUGCACGAAGGAGUUGUCAGCAAUACUCCUCUGGUGGUGAUAUCGUUUAGUGGCUCAACCCUCCCCGACUACAUUUACCUCGGAUUGGUACGCACUAGCAUCCGGCCCUACUACCCGUCCCCCAUGCUGUGCUACCGCUGUGGCAAAUUCGGGCAUGGCACUAGGGUGUGCCCCAACAAGGAAGCUUGCUUGAACUGCAGCCUGAACCACCCAUCAGCCAAAGAUAACCCAUGCACCCAAGUCUCAAAGUGUAUAAACUGCAGCGGAGAGCACUCAACAAGAGCAAAAGAGUGCCCCAAAUACAUGGAAGAGGUAGCCAUCAUUAAAGCGAAAGUUUCCCUAAACCUUUCCUUCCCCGAAGCAAGAGCUCUAAUAACACAAAAGCGCAAAGGACCAAGUUACGCUGAACAAACCCAGAAAGGCACGGAAUCGAAAGACAACGAGAAAGAUUCCACUAUCGCUAGACUGAAGGCGGAGCUUAUUAGGCUAAAGGGCGAAAAGAGCAAUCCGCCAAAAGAUGACCGGGACGAAGAGAUAUCAAACCUCAAACACCACCUAGCGGAGUCCGUUCGCCAGCUUAGAAUUGCCAAGCAACAACUCACCGAGGUAACGAAAGAAAAUAGUAGAGCUAACACUUCACCGAAAGUAGAGCAGGGAAACGUCAACAAACUAAACCCGACCACCACGAUAUCGACCGAAUGUAACGUAGUAGCCGCGAAACAACAGCGAGACCCCCGACUUCGUGACGAACGAAAGCAACAAAGAAAUCGUAGCCGAGCAGGCGAAGGGGAUAAAUCCCGAAGCCCUAUCGGAAACAAAACAGAGCCAGCACCACCGAAACAACAACGGACAACCCGCGCGAAUUUCCUUCACUAUCCGGACAUUUGA